AUGUUGCCCAACACCUCCGGGGAACAUGAAUAUCCCAGCAGGGAACCCAGGGAACCACCACCGCUGCCGCCAUCUGGCACCGCUGCCCCUGCCGCCCACCUGCUGCGCCUGUGGCGGGAGGCGGAGGGGCUGGGGCUGCCCCCCCCGCUGCCCCCCGGCCCCGGGCUGCCCCCUCAGGCCCCGGGGGCCCCGGCGCACAACCCGCGGCAGUGGCUGGUGGAGCGGGCCGCCUGCCGCCUCACAUCCACCUGGGUUGACCUGGGACCAGUCUUCUGGCCCCGCUGGGUGCGCCACACCGCCUGCGAGACCGGCCCCCCCGGCUGCUCCUGGCCCCCCGGCAUGACCUGCCGCCCCGCGCAGCUCACCCACAUCAAGCUGCUGGCCUGGCACUGCUGGGCCCCCCGGUCCCCCGGCCCCCCGCACUGUGCCUGGCGGCAGAUCCCCUACCCUGUCGUGGCCGCCUGCAAGUGCUCCUGCCGCUGA